AUGAGAGCUGCUAGAAAUGUAGUUUUAAUGGUUUUUGAAGACUCUGAUUCAUUGAUCAGUGUGAAGAAUGAUAAAUUAGAGACUCUUGUAAAAUGGUUUUCUAGAGUUGAAGCUUGGUCAGAAAGAGUUUGUACUUCAAGUCGUGCCCCUAGGCGCUAUUGGGAAAGGAGCUAUGCUGGCUGGAGGCGGUUUACUGCAGAACAGCCUGGUGCUGCACAUGUUGCUUUAGCAUCUCUAGAGCAAGCUGGCCGAAUAAAUUUUAUGAUAACACAUAAUGUUGACAGAUUAUAUUCCAAGCUGCAUCAUAGUGCUGGGAGCAACCCUCUUGAAUUACAUGGGACCGUUUAUAGUGUGAUUUGCUUAGAUUGUGGUUUUUCCUUUUUUCGAAAUUUAUUUCAAGAUGAAGUGAAGGUCCUUAAUCCAAAGUGGGCAGCAGCAAUUGAAAGCUCGGACUUUGGAAGCCCUGGAUCAGAUAAGAGCUUUGGCCUGAAGCAAAGACCUGAUGGUGACAUUGAGAUCCUAAAACCUGAUUUAAGAUACUUUCAUUAUAUGAAACCCGAUGUUGUCUUCUUCGGUGAUAAUAUGCCCAAGGAAAGAGCCGAUAAGGCCAUGGAGGUUGCAAGAGAAUGUGAUGCCUUCCUUGCGUUAGGAUCAUCCUUGAUGACCAUGUAUGCUUUCCGACUCGUCAGGGCUGCUCAUGAGGCAGGUGCCUCCACCGCAAUUGUAAACGUCGGUAAGACCCGUGCCGAUUAUUUUGUAUCAAUGAAAAUAAAUGCUCGAAUGGGGGAGAUUUUCCCAAGAGUACUCAACACUGGCUCUCUCAGUAUCCCUGCUCUGCGAUAAACUAAUUAGGGAAGGUAAAGUAGCUAAACUUUAUCUUCACAAUCUUUAAAUAUA